UUCUAUUUCGGACUUGUGUCUCCCCACUUUUAUUUUUAUCUCGUCUGAGCGAUAUUAUAAUCUGCAGUUUCCCUGCCAUUGUCCCCGUACCUCUUCUACAUUUCAAUCGAGCAGUUCAACAGAAGAAUAACAGCACCUGGGAUGACAUCGUCUAAUUUAGCCUUUGAGCUAUUUACUCUUCCAGUUCAUGUCGAAAUCAAUACUUUUUGGACGACCUUAAAAGAAAAUAGUUACUUCCUACUUCAGCAAACGAAAACGCAGAAGAAUGGGCUAAUGAGGAGUGUUUUGGGUACUUUACAGAAUGUCCUAGAUACGAAACAAUCUCCUUAUCGUAUACUAUUUCGACGCCUCGAUGGUACCUUUUUACAGGUUGCUGUAGCGGAAACAGAGAAGAAAAUUGAUGUAGCUUGGCUAUGGAUUGAAACCAAUUUGAAUCCUUUACUUGGUAAUCUGGAGGAAGAGGAAAGAGAACCUUUCGUUACCACGAAGAUAAAUUCUAUUGUUACACGCAGAGGUGCUAUCACUGAUGAAAUAUCAGAAGAUGAGAAGGUUAGAAAAGUUUCUAGAAGCUUUAGACAAACUUUUGAAGUCGCUCCAACAGAGCGUCUUGUGAGCUGUAAAGUUUAUAAGCAUCAUAUAUAGAUAUUGUCCUUUGACUUACUCUACCUGAAAAUUGCGUGUAGAUUAUUCAGGCGCUUAUCAUACCAAUAGAUUCACCAGCCAAGGGUGGCUUUAUAUCAGUGAGAAUUACUUAGGAU